GGGAGGGGCGGCGGGGGGAACCGGGGCUGGAGCCGCCGCCGCUGCCGCCGCCGCCGCCGCCGCCGCCGCCGCCGCCGCCUCAGCGCCGGGGCCGCCUCACGAAGCCAGCGGGGAGGAGCUGGAGGAGGAAGCGGGGCUUGGGGAAGGCGAGGCGGGAGAAGCCGCCAUUGAGGACCCGGAGCUGGAGGCGAUCAAGGCCCGGGUGAGGGAGAUGGAGGAGGAGGCGGAAAAGCUGAAAGAGCUGCAGAACGAGGUGGAGAAGCAGAUGAACAUGAGCCCCCCUCCGGGCAAUGCCGGCCCGGUGAUCAUGUCCCUGGAGGAGAAAAUGGAGGCCGACGCUCGCUCCAUCUACGUCGGCAACGUGGAUUACGGCGCCACGGCCGAGGAGCUGGAGGCGCAUUUCCACGGCUGCGGCUCCGUCAAUCGCGUCACCAUCCUCUGCGACAAGUACAGCGGGCACCCCAAGGGCUUCGCCUACAUCGAGUUCUCCGACAAGGAGUCGGUGCGAACCUCCAUGGCGCUGGACGAGUCGCUCUUCCGCGGCCGACAGAUCAAGGUGAUCCCCAAGCGCACCAACCGCCCCGGGAUCAGCAGCACCGACCGCGGAUUCCCCCGGGGACGAUUCCGGGGCCGGGGGGGGGGGUUCGGCUCCCAGCGCUCCCGCUUCUACAGCGGCUACGCACGGCCCCGCGCCAGAGGCUACAGGGGCCGAUCCCGAGCCACCUCCUGGUACUCCCCGUAUUAAAAACAAAAACAAACAAAAAAAAAACCCCAAAAAACCCCAAAAUCACCCCAAAAACCACAACCCGCCCCUCCCCCACCCACCAAAAAAAAAAAACCCAAAAACCCCAAAAAAAACCCCAAAAAAAAUCCGAAAAAAAUCCCCAAAUUUUAUUUUUCAUCCUAAUUUUAAAUUUUUCAUUUUUCUUUAAUUUUUUUCCCCUUUUUUCACCCCAAAAAAAAAAUUCCCGAGUUUGUUUUUUUGCAGGUGGAGCCGAGGACGGAAAAAUAAAAAAUAAAACGUCAAAAAAA